ACUUUUAACCCUGUGUACGCUGCUUUUUAAUCGAGUCGCUCUGUGUGCAUUUUAUAGUUUCUCCUAUGGAUAAUACAUUUUAUACUUUAGGGCGGGGGCAUGGCUUACUGGGCCCCGCCUCCGCAGCCAGCACAGCCACACAGGGCGUAGGUAGUAGUUUUCAGGCAAGAGCUGCACAAUUUCUAAAUCCUCACGCGCGUGCCCAAAACACGGGUUCAGCGAGAGACGCUCGACUGCUUAACAUCGGUGCCAUGGCUCCCGCCGCGUCGCCAGGUAUCCAAGCUCCGAUAACCCAAAUGGGCAGUCCUUUUAGCGGGCUGACGGGCAGGCUCGCGGGCGGACUCGCGGGCGGCGGGCUCGCCGGGCUGGCCGCCGGACAUGGCCACAAUUCGCCGACCAUCGCCAAUCUGGGUCAGCAGCAGCAGCCGCAGAACCAGUCUAACGUAUAUGAUAUUGGGUCCCCUCGCGACAAAGAGGACUCCAUCGGCACCGCUCGCGGCCGGUUCGCGGGGAUGGUCGGGGCCGGUCAGGGGGCAGCGGCAACGUCCAGCACAGCAGCAGCAUCCGGCGCGCGCCGGGAACAGUGGCGGGGCUCGUCACAGUGGCGGGGCACGUCACAGCAGCUGCUGGACUGGUUUGAUGAUGAUAAGGCAGGCGUUGCAGAAAUGGGUGCAGCUGAUGGCCUGGGUGGGGCAGGCGCGUGGACGGGCCACUCAGGCGCACCUCCAGCUGCGGCCGGAGCAGCUGACGCGGCUGCAGCUGGCCCCGCCAUGGCGCCUCGCACUGGGGCAUACGACUAUGACGAUGUCAGCGGUGGUGGGGAGCCCGCUGGUGGCGAGGGCGGACAAGCUGCAGCCAAGCAGAAAGGGGGUUGGUCACACGUGCAAGUGUCCUCGCUUCUCAAGGAGAGCAUGUUGGAGGGCAUGUUCAGCAGCAGUCAGAGGGACGGCGGCUUCUUUCGCCUGCAACCCCAGCAGGUGAAGCAGAAGGUGCAGGCUAUCUAUGACCAGUUGCUAAGCAGCCUGCAGGGGGAGGUGGCUGACCUACAGUCCAAGAUAAAGAACAGCUUCCAGCCGGAGAAGGGACAGCUGCAGGCCACUCUGGCGGAGAAGGAGCUGCACAUCGCUAACAUGAAGGGGCUGGCAGCACGCCGCCAGUCCAGCUCGGACCGCACCUGGUACCAGCUGUUCUGCCACAUCGUCAGCAAUACUGCACACUACACGAUCGCCACUUCAGGCAAGAAGCGGACUGCGGCUUCGGUGACAUCGGAGGGCCAGGCCAACAAGCUCAAGCGCCUAGCAGGGCACCUGAAGGGCAUCUACCUGCAUGGUGCGGGGCAGAGCGGACUGGAGACCCUGCGCACUGCUAACAUUCAGCAGCAGGCCAACUGCGAGCGCCGCCAUGCCAAACGGGCGGCUGCUGAGGAGGCCAGGUUCAUGGUUCGGCUGCUGGAUUUAAUAUCCGGGUCUGGGAUGGCGUUGGCGACGAAGCCAGUGUAGAGAGUUUCGCGGGUGUGGCCUUGGGCGAUGUGCGGGGCCGCGAGCGUGGCGAUGCCGCGGUUGAGGUCAUGCGCGUAGUGUCCUUCGUUCUUGUCUCGUGGCGCCCCUUCCGCAGUCGGUUUUAUAGUUUUACGUAUCCAAUAGUAUUUACUACGCGGGUCGUUAUCGGAUUCCUCGACCAGCCACUCGGCCCCGGGCAUCCGUUCUCCCUUGGCGGUUUUCACCGCCGCCUGAUCUGCGAGUUCAUUGUGCGUAAUCCCUGAGUGUGCUUUGACCUUAAGAAGGUUUGUCCGGCGGCCGGCGUGGGAGCGGCGUUUCAGGAGCGCGAGGAUGUUAUCCAGCAGCGCUUUGUGUUUGCUGAAGGUAAGGAGUUGGGGCUGGUUGAUUGUUUUGCGGAUGAGGAAUAACGACGCAGCGGAGUCUGUGUAGACUGUGACUUCGGGGAGCGCUUGCACUUCGUCUAGCUUGAGCACUUGGUGUAUGGCCGAGAGCUCGCAUCGUGUUAUGGUGUUGCAGCCGUGAUGUCCAGGGUUGACGUCAAUCUGAUACGUUUGGGACGUGCGGGCAUCAAUCGCUGCGGCCCCCCACGCGCUGGGCUGGCCAAGGGCGUCUUUCUGCACUGAGCCAUCGGUGUAGAAGCCUUCACAGGGGUUGAGGUGUAGGGGUUGGGUGGCCGCAAACGGGGCCAGGGUGGCUGGCGUGGCCGGUACGGGAGGGGGUGUUACCCGGGGGGCUGCCGGGCGGGUGCGGGUCAUCCGGCGGACCUGUUUGGUCACCCACCGUGUGUGGGCCCAGGUGAGUUGGGGCUGCGGUUCGAUGGGCAUGCCUGAGAGGUAUAGAGACGUGCCUAGGGCGUCGCGUAUGGACUGGGCAAGUCGGGCUCCGGGUGUAUUGCUGACCAGCACCAGGUCGUGUUUCAAGGUGAGGCCUGCGUCGUUGGGGUGUGGGCAGAGAAGGGCGUGCGUUGCUGUGGCGGAGAUGCUGCCAAGGAGGGUGACUCUGGGGUGGGCGAGGUAUCUUGUGUAUGGCGCGUUGUGUUGCGUGGGGAGGAGGAUCAGCGUGGCGUUGGUUGGCGGGUGGGGGGUGUUCGUAAGGGUUUCAGUGUGUUCGGCCCAUGCCAGUGCCCAUCGUACCGCGUGAGCUCCGUCUUCGGUGUUGGGUUCGGGGUAGGCGACAGCAAUUCCAUCCCAUGGCUGGGAGUACACGUCAUAGUUGGCCCCAAAGAGCAUGUCUUCUUCAUACAGUGUGUAGUAGGUGGUGGCGGCUUCCGAGACGUUUAGGGGGGAUGCAAAGAGCUCUGUUGUGCUGCCUAUUGCUGUGUGCAGGGUUUGUGUCAAUCCGUCGCACAGAAUGCAUUCCCCUUUUUCAGUGACAGGGUGGGAUUUGGAGCCGCCCCCGGGUUUGUAUCGGAGGAGCAGGCGGGCGAUGGCCGCCGCAAAGCCUCUGCCCUGGUCGUAUUUAGCGUGCGCUUCGGGCCAGGUUGUUUGUGCAUGCUGGUAGCGUUGCCAGAGGAGGUUAAGCCGCUCUGCUCUGAUGGUGCCUAUGCACCGUCCGCGGGGGUCGUAUACAUGCGCCAUGUGAGUGCUGUGUGCCGUGGAGCCAGGGUCGGGGAGGAUACCGAGCUGGAUGGUGUAGGUUUGUGUGGGGCAGAUGUCCCGGUGGGGGUUACAUGGCUCGACAUUGAUGUCUACGUAGUGGCGCAGAGUGCGUUGCCCUCGUGCGGUGUCAUUGCUGGCGUCUAUCCAUCGGCCCUGUCGCUGGUCAGGGUUUAGGUGUGUGUCGCUAGCGGGGGCCGGGGGGCGGGGGGCCGGGGGGACAGCAAGGCGGGCGUGCAGGGCGUCCAGGAGGUCCUGUUUGUUGUCUUGUGCCUCCAGGGUAGCGGCGGGUUCUUCCAGGUCUUCCCAUUCCACCAGGACGCGAGGUUCAUUACCCGGGGUAAGGAGCCAGGUAAGGCCGCCGGGUUUGGGGCGGUAGCGGUUCCGGGCGUAGAGGGUGAGGGAGCCGGGGGUGAUGACGGUGGGUUCCCACUUGACUCGGUAGUGAGGCGAACCUUUGCUGGUGGUGCGGGCUAUUACGUGCUGCACCCGCUCCUGGUGUCCAUACAGGGUGUUGGUGGUGGUGAGGGGUAGGUUUCGCUGAAGUGCUUCCAGGUGUCGGACGUGGCGGCCAGGUACGCGUCUUGCUCCUCCUGGUUGAGCUUGUGUCGGUGUGUGAAAGUGGUUGGGGGCGUGGGGCCCAGAAGUAGGCGUCUGAGGUGUGCUUCGGGGUUGGGGGGCUUGGAUCGGCCGAUGAGGCUGGGGGCAAUGUCGAGCAGGUCUGCGCAGUGUGCAUCGGUAAGUGGGUCAAGCGCGGGUCCCCAGUCGAACGCUUUCGGUGCGUCGGCUGGCGGGGCUCCCCGUCCUUCAGGUUCUCUGACCAUUUUAAUGCAGGCCCGCUUACGUUGCUGUGUGCCCGGCCGGCGUGUUUGUGCAGGUGUCUGGUUUUCGCCAUCGCUGUGGGCGUCCUCAUGUUCUGUCGCCGUGGCGGCGGUGGCGGUGGUGACAGCGGUGGUGGCGGCCGCGGCAGUUCCUCCGGCAUGGGCGGUUGGUUCGGCGGCAGGGGCGCGCUGGCGAAGGAAGCGGUUAAGUGUGCCCCAGUCAACGGCGGUAGGUGCGGUGUGGGUCGUGUGGAGGCCGGUAAAGGUGUGCCCGUCUGGGAGAGUGCGUUGGGCAGCGGUAAGGGGAGCAGUGCUGUUGUGGGUUUUGGCUCGGGUUCGGGUUUCAGCGUAGAGUGCGAGAGUGAGACGGUUGAGGGCUAUCCUGUGCCGCCUUUGGGCCCUCGGCCAUGUGUUUUGUAAAGUAUUGGCAUCGAUGACGCAGGUGCGGUCCGGAGUGAGUGUAGUGCCGAAGCACCGUGUGUAUGGAGGUAGUGAGAACUACCGGGUUUGGGAGGCAAGGCCGUGUAAGUAGUCGGUGUA